AUGUCCAAUUCGUUUCUCGGCGGGCAUGAAUCAGUCGGAACUCAAGCAGGCGCUUCAUGUCUGACAUCUCCUACGCUGGAACAGAAUACUGUCACAUCCGCUGAUAGCAAAGAUUUGGCCCAGGAUAUCGAGGAUCUACUGCCACCCUUGAGCACAUCUCCCACCGGAAAUCGGCCAUGUCGAUGUUCCAGGACGACUACCCCAGCGGGGACUACUCCAGCCGGGACUACUCCAGCCGGUGGACGAAACCUUGUGGUCUGUAUUGACGGUACAGCCAAUCAGUUCGGUACUAUAACCACCAAUGUUAUCGAACUCUACAGCCGUCUUCAUAAGGAUGAAGCGCAACUCACCUACUACAACAGUGGGAUUGGCACGUACGCCAAGAAAAAAACAAACCCGGUUGGGCGUUGGAAGCAAGCCGUCGGUAGUUUCAUGGACAUCACAGUUGCUUUGAACUUCAAAAAGAUUGUGUUGGGCGCCUACCAUGGGCUUUGCGAGAAUCACAAGCCGGGUGAUCGGAUAUUUCUGUUCGGUUUCUCACGGGGUGCGUACCAGGUUCGUGUGAUUGCAGCGAUGAUCAGGCUGGUUGGCCUCCUCCACAAGGGCAAUAUUGAGCAGAUAGCGUUCGCAUAUCGACUUUACACUGAAGCCACUGUCACGAUCAGGCGAGAUGAAACAGAUGGAAAGGAUAAUGAUGCACAGGGACCGAAGCACUCCGACGGAGAAGUCAAAACAAGUUUGCCAACGACCACGAAGCAUGCGGAUAAUCCAGGAGAUGAUGACCAGGAGGACGAUUACCCAGGCUCAUGCGCGCGUUUUAAGAAGAUCUUCUCCAAGCAUAAUGUCCAGGUUCACUUCGUAGGAGCCUGGGAUACAGUAUCUUCAGUCGGCUUUGUUCGAAAAAGGGCCCUUCCCAAUACUACAACAGGCAUGCAGCAUGUUUGUGUGUUCCGUCAAGCUCUCGCGCUGGACGAACUUCGGGUCAAGUACCUUCCAGAGUAUGCGAACGGUGGAGCAGGACCACUGGGCGCCGGAAAAAGCGAAGGUGAUGUGAAAGAAGUCUGGUUUCCAGGCUGGCAUUCCGACAUGUAUGUUGGCAGAAAAAUCAUGAUCCCGUAUCUUGUACUGAUAAUUGAUUGGAAAUAA